AAACAUCAUUAAACAUCCUCCACCAUUGGUGUCUGUUUGCAACCCUUUUCUCAGCAUCAUCUUUGCCUGUGACCUUCAUCUGCUUUGAAUAUCCCACAAUGCACGAGUGUGAGCUAGCUACCCGUUUCCAUAGAGACAGUGGUCGAGCCAAGCUGCAGCAGAUGCUGUAUUUCUGCAGAGAAGAGUGAAUCCACAUCAGACCAUGUCUCAGUUCUCAGCUGAGGCUGAGGCUGAACUUCAGUCUCUGUUGAGGCAACUUCUAAAAAGCAUCAAAGACAGAAUCUCUGGUGCACCAUCCAUUGAAUGUGCAGAGGAAAUCUUGCUUCAUCUGGAGGAGACAGACAAGAACUUCCAUAAUUAUGAAUUUGUUAAGUACCUGCGGCAGUAUGUGGAAAGCUCUCUGGGAGCAGUCAUCGAGGAGGAGACAGAGAGCUGUGCCCGAGGAGAGGGAUAUGCUGUUGGGUCUGUUCAGGACACCUUGGUCCAUGCUGUUACAAUAAAGACUAGAGAAUCUGGAGAAUACAAGCAAAUGAUGCAGACAUUGAAGAACACGAUGAUGGUAGUCGUUGAAUCAUUGAUUAAUACAUUUGAAGAGGACCAACUGAGAAAGGAGGAGAUGCACAGGGAGAGCCAACAUCAGCAGUCAAACAGCCAUUACACAGACAACUGCUCCGACAGUGAUUCAUCCUUCAAUCAGAGUUAUGCAUUUAUCAAACAAGAACAGCUGCAGGUUCUUGCUGAAAAGCUUGACCCUAGUAAGCCUAAAGAGGUGCGCUGGGAGGCCCUGCAGGCUCUGUGCUGUGCCCCGCCCUCGGAUGUGCUAAGCUGUGAGAGUUGGAGUGGCCUGCGCAGGAACCUCUCUGCUGCCUUGGCUGACCCAGACCCUGACCUCAGUGAUAAGGUCCUGCGCUUUUUUGCAAAAACAUUCUCCUGUUCGCCACUGAAUGUAACAAGGGAGAUCUACACCAGUUUAGCCAAAAGUCUGGAGUCUGACUUCCUGUACCAUAAACUGAGCCUCCCUACUGGAUCAGCGGGGAUUGAUGUAAACAGACAGGACAUUACCCGUCUCUUAAAACAAAUGCGGUUAAUGAAUGAUUUUCAGAAGGAAGUAACAACCUUUUGGAUUCGGCACCCAGAGAAGUACAUGGAGGAGAUAAUAGAGAGUACUUUCUCUCUCCUGUCCUUCUUCCCUGAACAUGGGUUAGAGACACAAGGGUCAGAGAAAGCCUUGAAGCCCAUACACCUCAUUGCUUUACUUGAUAUCAAAGCCACCUGGUUUAAGAAGUGGAUGCAUGGUUACUACAGCAGGACCGUGGUCUUUAGGCUCCUGGAGAGGAAGUACAAGUCUCUGAUUGUGGCAGCUCUUCAGCAGUGCAUUCAUUAUUAUGACUCCUGUGACCCAGUCAGAGAUGAGACGGCUGAGGUCAUCCACUCUAUGGAGCACCAGCACAUCGGCACUGCUCAAAGGACUCUCUACACUACCAAGGAGCUGGAAUAUAUGUAUUUCGUUCACUCAUUAUGUGUGCUUGGAAGGCUUCUCAUGUACACUAAUGGGAGAAAGCUCUUUCCCAUCACAGUGUGGAAACGCAAAGAUCCAGUCAGUCUGACAGACUUGGUUGUCAUUCUGAUUAACAUCAUGUACCAACACCCCAAGCCUCCUGACAGUGACUCAUCACAUGCAGACACUCUCUCUCCCACCACUCUUGUAAUGGAGUUGCUGAGGACCCUGGGUGACCGCACAGAGUGUGCAGUGGAGUGCCUUUACCAAACCCCUGUCAUAGAGACACUGCUGGCACCCAUCAUCACCCUGCUCAAAGGAAAACAGGUCAGCAUAAAACAGGCUAAAUUAAACUCCCCAGAAACUACAUUGAUUCAUAUAGCAGACACUCUCGCAAGAAUUGCCACCACUGAGCGAGGAUUAUCACUUUUCUUAUAUGAAAGAAAUCUAGUUUCUGGUGAGGGGGAAGGUAUUUCAGCUGCCCAUGUAAUCGUUCAGUUCACCCAGAGGCUCCUGGCUAAAGAGCUGCCAUUGUUACGGAAUGCAGAGACAUCCUAUGGCGUGAGCGGGGCCUUCAUCUUCGUGUGUCGGCAGAUGUACAACACAUGUGAAGGAUUGCAGGUGCUCAGGCCCUAUGGCCUGCAUGAGUGCAUCGCUGCAGCUUGGAAAAAGACAAGCUCCCUGUCAGAAAGAGUUCCCACCCCGGUUCCCGGAGCCAUCCCCGGCACGUCCUCUCAGGAGCUGCAGAAUGUAGUGGUUUGGGAGGAGACUUUGCUGGACAACCUGCUGAACUUCGCUGCCACUCCGAAAGGCCUGCUGCUCCUCCAGCAGACUGGAGCCAUCAAUGAGUGUGUCACCUACAUGUUCUCCAGGUUUACCAAGAAACUACAGGUCAGCCGAUGUGAGAAGUUUGGCUACGGUGUGAUGGUAACACAGGUAGCAGCAACAGCCCCCGGUGUGGUGGCUUUACACAGUUCUGGUUUUGUGCAGGCCUUAGUGGUGGAGAUAUGGUCAGUCCUGGAGUGUGGGAGAGAGGAUGUGAGGGUCAUUUACCCCAAGUCCACCCCCAUGGACCCCAUUGACAGGAGCUGUCUGAAGUCGUUCCUGUCCUUGGUCAACCUGCUGUCCUCCCCCCAUGCUGUGUGGGAGCUCCUGGGACAGCAGCCUCUGCCCAACAAGGCUGAGUACAACCUAAGGGAGAUGCCCACAUCCAUUACAGAUUUGAUUGAUAGGCUGAUUGCUGUGAACUCAGAUGUGAAAAUUCAUUCACUGUUCAACUACGAGCAAUCUCACACGUUUGGCCUGAGAUUACUUAGUGUGAUGUGCUGCAACCUAGACUCCCUCCUUCUUCUGGAGUCACAGUACAACAUUUCCGACAUGUUGCUGCAAUGUCAGAAGGACAACAUCACCGAUCCAUCGUCCGGUGAAGGAGAUUUCAUCAUUGAUGGUCUAUCUGUGGAGAGGAACCACAUCCUGGUGCGUAUGAGUGUGAUUGGAGGACCAUCGGAGAGGAGACUUCCCCUUAGGGUCCUCCAGAAGGGCACUGACCCUUAUCCAUGGCCGAUGUUUUCAUCAUACCCUCUGCCCAAUUAUUAUAUACUGAAUCUUCCAAAGACAACCCGAGGUAAACAGGACUGUGAGAUAAGUGCCUUCCUGGCCUCCACCAAGAACACAGAGAAGGAUGGGAGCUGGAUGGAUACCUGUAGGAGACAGUACUGCAAAGCCAUGACCACCAAGUCCAACAUUGUCUCAGGGAAUGUCCUGGCUGAUCUACUGGAGAAGGCUGUGUCGCACCUUUCUGCUUUGCCGUCAGAACGUUUCUUCCCACCUGCGGACUACAUAGCGUCGGGGAGCGGCAUAAAGACUGGCAGCCUGUCGUCUGUGGACCAGCUGGGGAUUCAGGCCUCUCUCAGGUAUGGGAGACAUCUGAACUUACUGAGGGAUAACUCUGAGCAGGACCUCUGUCUUUUGAUGAAGCAUUGCCAAGAGCUCCUAUCUCAACAGAGAGCCAAGCUCACGUCGGAGCUUUACACUCUGCAGGGAGCCUACCCAGGUCAUGACUGGUUCGCCUCCACCGUGUUCCUCAUCAUGGCUGGAGACAUGGAGAGAGCCCUCCGCCUCCUCCUCCACCUCUCCACCCUGCUCACAUCAGCCUUCCUCUGGCCCGCCAGGCUCCACGGAUCGGUUCACCUACCCAUGGAGAUUGCUCAGUCUAGCAUCCAUCCGGUCUACUCAUGCACAACACACUAUGUAGAGAUGCUGCUGAAGACUGAAGUGCCUCUAGUUUUCUCUGCCUUCAGGAUGUCCGGUUUUACCCCCUCCCAGAUGUGUGUGCAGUGGCUAGGCCAGUGUUUCUGGAACUACCUGGACUGGUCUGAGAUCUGCCACUACGUGUCCACCUGUGUGGUGAUGGGGCCGGACUACCAGGUGUACAUGUGUGUGGCUGUGCUGAAACACCUGCAGCAGGACAUCCUGCAGCACACACAGACCCAGGACCUGCAGGUCUUCCUCAAGGAGGAACCCAUCCAAGGCUUCAGAGUGAGUAAUUACCUUGAGUACAUGGAGGGUCUGGAGCGCAGUUACAGAACAAUGGUACUGACAGACAUGAACAAUAUCUCCCAGAGAGUCAGCUAGCAGUGCUACGACACACAAUAGUCUCCACUCACCAGGCUGCACUGGGACUGGUUGUAACAAGGUAAAGGAUUGUCAAGACGGGUUUAACAUUUGAUAUUGCGUAUGCGCUCUGUAAAUUACCUCUAAGAUCUGUCAAUAUUUCUCGCCAUAUUUAAAGAUGUACAGUGGCAUAUAAUGUAUGUAUGCCAUAUUAUUUAACGGAUUGAGAUAAUGUUAUGAAAUACAUGGUAAUUAACUUCUUGCUUGAUGUACUUUCUUGUCUAUUUACGUCUUCAUCGAUCGUCUUGAAAUGUUAUAAUCAUUCUCUAUAUUAAUCCAACCUUAAGGGCAUAAUGAUAUUUACCUGUAAACCUACUGACCUCUCCUAUCCGAUACAGCCACUACGAAUACCUCCACUAGACAAUAUGAUGACUGUUUGUUUCCCACCUUUUAAUUCUACUUCUACUCGUCAAUACAUUACAGAUCGUAAGCUCCUAGCCGUAAUGGGAGGUGUAUGAGCUGUGUACGUGCCACAAGUGUAGCUUACCAAGUGUAUCUAUGUUGUGGGUCCAUUCUCCUCAUUGAGAGGCUUGAUGGUGACCGUGGAGAGGCAGCGUGUUGUUGUUACAAGUCUUAGUAAACAGCCCAUCUCUCUCUUUCAGCUGAACCAUCUGAUACGAGCGCCUCUGAAUAAUGAAUGAGAUCAUUAAAGCCCUUGGUUACUCCAACACAACUGUUAAAUAUUAUAUACUGUUUACCAUCUACGUAGGGCAGAGGUCGAUAGAAGAGAUAGAAAUCAGUGCCACAAAAUGUUUACCCGAUAAGCACUUGAAGUGAGGUUUAAAAUGAGUUUGACUUUUAUUUCUUUAUCUUUGAUCUCCCAUGUGUUAAAUAAAAUUGAACAUUCAGUCUA